UUUUUUCCCACCUCGUCUUCAGCACACUGCCUGACCUCUUGCCUCUCUUUGGCACACAGACACAGACCACAGCCAUGGCCCGCGACAAGAAGGCGAAGCAGGAGCUCGUGACCCGCGAGUUCACCAUCCACCUGCACAAGCGUAUCCACGGCAUUGGCUUCAAGAGGCGUGCACCCCGUGCCAUCUCCGAGAUCCGCAAGUUCGCCACAAAGCACAUGGGCACCACCGACGUGCGCAUCCACGCCGACCUGAACAAGUUCAUCUGGUCCCGUGGUAUCCGCAACGUGCCCCGCCGCGUGCGCGUGCGCAUCUCCAGGAAGCGCAACGAGGAUGAGGAGGCCGAGAACAAGCUGUACUCCCUUGUCACCUUUGUCGAUGUCCCCACCUUCAAGCAGCUCGGCACUAAGGUCGUUGAUGAGGAGGAGGAGGAGCUCGAGGAGGCUGAGGAGUAAACGUCACACAAACACGCAGAUAUCAUCAGUUGCUGUUUCGGUUGUGUUUGUGUUGUUGUGACGCUCCCGUGUGGUUUCGUUUCUGAGACUCUCCCCUCUCUGCUCUCCCUUUUGUUGCUCUGCGCCUUAAUCCACCUGUACCACCCUUCUCGUCACCUCCGCUGCCUCCACUGCUCUCGCCCUCGUGUUGAGUGCGAGCUGCUUUUGUUUGGGGACCGGUGCUGCCUGGCUUGAGGAGGCUGUCUGCUGCGUGCCUGGCGUUGUACUCGUGGGUGCAACGUUGCAAAGAUACACACAUGGCACUUAGUCCGUGACUGCACAGACA